UCUAGCAGGGAUGGAUCUACUGGGGACUCUAGCAGGGAUGGAUCUACUGGGGACUCUAGCUGGGAUGGAUCUACUGGUGGCUCUAGCAGGGAUGGAUCUACUGGUGGCUCUAGCAGGGAAGGAUCUACUGGGGAGGGACUCUAGCAGGGAUGGAUCUACUGGGGACUCUAGCUGGGAUGGAUCUACUGGGGACUCUAGCUGGGAUGGAUCUACUGGUGGCUCUAGCUGGGAUGGAUCUACUGGGGACUCUAGCAGGGAUGGAUAUACUGGGGACUCUAGCAGGGAUGGAUCUACUGGGGACUCUAUCAGGGAUGGAUCUACUGGGGAUUCUAGCAGGGAUGGAUCUACUGGGGACUCUAGCAGGGAUGGAUCUACUGGGGACUCUAGCAGGGAUGGAUCUACUGGGGACUCUAGCAGGGAUGGAUCUACUGGUGGCUCUAGCUGGGAUGCGCUGCACCUCCUGUAUCCAGGACAACGACCGUGCUAAAAACCUCAUCCUUAUGGUGGCUGGAGACAUGUCGUUUCUGGACUUUAUAUGUGUAUUUAUCCCAGUCUCCUGGAUGGCUCACGGCAUCAUCCGUGACUUCUAUAACCCUCCUGCCAAACACCCAGCGCACACUGCGGAGGGAGAGGCUCUACAUCGGCUGGGUCACCGGGAGCCUUCCUCUUGUCCUCGGGGCUCCUCUUUGUCUGUCGCCGUGUCCCCUCCAACAAAGCCUUGUUGGGUGUCUAGCACUCAGCCAACAAGAUCAACAAACCCACCGUGACAUGGUGCCAUCCCAUCUCCAGUGUCCCUAGCAUGAAGGCUCACCACCUGCCUAAACCACCGCCAAAGCCACAGCUUCGAUGGACACGAACACCAGUCUCUGUCUCUUAACAACUCUCCUUAUGGACAACAAGGAGUCGUCAUGAGUUUGAGUUUAUUUUAUUUUUACAGGAACAGUGCACGGAGACUGCUCACAACAAGUUUGAACUUUUCACCAAAAACAACUCAAGUUUUUUUUAAAUCAACGUUGAAAGAAUGUUGGGCCGCUGGUCUAUCAUCAUGGCAGUGUUGACGGACACCUUCCCUCCACCUCUAACAGCUACAACUACAUCAGACACCACACUCCUAGAGCCAACAGACCAUUCCAUACUCCUAUAGCCAACAGACCAUUCCAUACUCCUAUAGCCAACAGACCAUUCCAUACUCCUAUACAGACCAUUCCAUACUCCUAUACAGACCAUUCCAUACUCCUAUAGCCAACAGACCAUU